UUUGUGUUGUUUCUGUUUCAAUCUCAAAAGGAUAGUGUAUCUUUUUUUUUUGGUGCCCCUCUUCUUUUUUCCUUGCCUCGUCGGCGUUCCAACGACCGAUGCCCUUACUUUUUCAACUUCAGAGCCUCUCACAGCAUUUUACCUUUUUAGCUCCGCAGCGGGUUACCUAUUCCACCCACCCAAAAAAAUAAUAAUUAGAAACUCCCCCCCUUCCUUUGCCUUUCAAGGUUUCUGCGUGCGUGUGCGUGUGUGGUGUGCGCGCGUGUGUGUGUUAUUUUUCUUUUUUGUGCCAAAAGGGCGGCUCCCCGUCGACUUUGCUGCCCCCAACCUGGGAACCUACCUACUAUUCUUCAAGGAUUCCAAUCUCCGCCCUUGUCGUUGGCCUUGACACGGUCAACUAUAUCGUUUCUAUAUGACCACCACCGCUGUUCGGGUGGCGUUACGAGUUCGGCCGCUUUCUACCAGUGAAUCGGUCAUCUACCCGAAUGAAACUGUCACUUUCAUCUCUGAUGAACCACGCAUUCUUUUCUCUGGCACUGAUCGGUCAUUCACCUUUGAUUUCGUUUACCGACCUGAUGCUUCUCAGGAACAACUCUAUCACACCAGCGUCUUACCCUUAGUGACCAGAUUCCUUCAAGGAUAUCAAAUCACUAUUCUCGCCUAUGGAUAUCCGGGAUCGGGCAAAUCGUACACACUUGGUACACACAGCCGAUGGAACGAGAGUAAAGAACAUCAAGGCAUUAUCCCACGCUUUGUACAAACGCUCUUUGACGAUCUCGAUCGCAAUGCACAACAGAAGAGUGAAUUCCAUAUCUACGUAUCGUUUAUUGAAUGCCAUGACGAGUCGGUGAGGGAUCUGUUGAACACCAACGAUACGCGCCACCCAGUAUUGGACGAGUGUUCAAUCAAAGAACAUCGUGUUCAUCGUGCACAAGAAACGCUGGGAUUAUUACAGCAAGGAUUACAGCGUCGUACAGAUAGAUCAAACGAUAACACCAUUGCUGCGAAUCUGUCACAUAGCAUCUUUUCCCUCAUUAUCAAGAGAUCCACACUCAUGCCGACUACGGGAAGUAUUCCCGCAUCCUUACCAGCGGACUCCUCCAUGACCACAACCGUAGCCACUUGCCGUUUCGUCGAUCUUGGUACUCCAGCCAAGAGGCAACGGGGAAAAGAACAAGCGACAAGUGCUUCCAUUACCGAGUACGAUCUGUCCACUCUGCUUCGCACUAUUCACACAUUUAACGACGAAUUAACCAUGCCGGCACCCUCGUCCUCCAAUGGGAUAUCUCAAUUCGUUCGAGAAAAGAAUCAGCAGACAUUGUUAAUAGCAUGCGUUAGUUCCUCUGUUGCUGAUACCCAGCAAACAGUCAAUGUCUUAAAUUACGGUGCAAAAGCAUCCACUUAUCCUGAACAGCUACCGAUGAUAUCCAUCGAGAACGAAGCGACCACAAUGGAACUGAAACGAUUACGUGAUCAGGUGCUCCAGCUUCGACGUCAAGUGGACGUGUUGCAGCACCAACGAUCUGUUCCUGAAAACGACGCAUUUACAUCACUACAAAACGAGAGGAAGAAUAUGCACCGCUCUGCGGUUGAAACGGCCAGCGAACUGGACAAGACAAAAGCCGGAAGGGAUACGUUGAUGCUUCAAAUGGACAUGCAGUAUCAACAGGAGAUGGAGCAGCGUUACGCGGACACCAUACGUGACCUCCGGCAACAAGUUGUGGAAGCGAAUCAACGUUUAGCGUAUUUUGACCCCUCGUUCAUCGACGCGCCACGCCACAGUGCAUUGAAACAUCACGCCACCAUCUCCAUGGCGUUACCAGGUCAACAUGGUUCGUCGCAUCACGACAGUGACCUGUUGGCACUGCUGGAGAAAGGCUCAAUUUCUGCGAAUCGUCGAGCGAAACGAAAACAUCUUCGAGUCGUGCAUCGUGCAAGGACUCCGUCCACUUCGGCUACACGGAAACGUGGCACUCACAGUUCAUCGCGUAGAGACGAUGUGGCAGCGUCACAGAAACGCUUGGAGGAUUUAAUCGCCAUGUUACAAACUGAUCAUGCAUUUGACGAUUCAUCCGAUGACGAUGAUGAUAACAAUGUAAGUUUUACAUAUUGCCUGUGGUGCCGAUACGUCUGCUGUGUGCAGAUGUGAAAAAAAAAAGUCGAGAAGGAAAAAAAAAUGUUUCAGCAACGACCUCCGUGUGUAGCAUGCAAAUACGGGAUUUAUGACCCUAAUUUUUUUUUUAAUAGUCCACCAGCACGGUAUCCGCAUGGAUAAAUAAGAACAAGUCCAAACAUGAAACAAUAUCA